AUGAACAAAGAGAAAUUACAAGUUGGAGUUCAGGAAGUGGAGUAUUUUGGCCACAUCCUCUCGGCAGAGGGAUUGAAGCCAGACCCCUCUAAGGUAGCUGCCAUCAAGGAUAUGGAGCCCCCCUCCAACAAGUCAGAGCUUCAGACUAUCAUGGGUAUGAUCACUUACCUCUCAAAGUUUGCACCAAAUCUUGCUAACAUCGCCAGUCCGUUACGUCAGUUGCUGCUGAAAGACAGAGAGUUUGUAUGGGAUGCACCACAGGUCCAGGCAUUUCAGAAGGUCAAGGACCUAAUAACCAGAACACCGGGACCUCUGCUUACAUACUUUUACCCAGGAAAACCAGUAGUAUUGGAGACUGAUGCAUCGCAGUUUGGACUCGGAGCUACGCUUUUGCAGGAUGACAAACCAGUUGCAUUUGCACUUACGCCAGCAGAAAUCAACUACGCGCAGAUAGAGAAAGAGAUGUUGUCUAUCUUAUUUGGCUGCAAGAAAUUUCACCAGUACCUGUAUGGUAGGGAAGUCCAGAUCCAUACAGACCAUAAACCUCUAGUUGCCAUUCACACAAAGCCACUCGCACAGGCCCAAGCAAGGUUACGAAGGAUGCUUUUGCAACUGCAGGCCUAUGAUCUGAAGUUGAUGCACAUCCCAGGCAAAGACAUACCAAUUGCGGAUACCCUUUCACGCAAGUUUUUGCCAGAUACUUACCCACAGCUAACAGCAGGCAUGGAUCCACAUGUACAUACAGUGAUGUCCAGCAGUAGGGUGAGUGAUAGAAGAUUAGAGGAAGUCAGAUUAGCAACCCAAGCUGACCCACAAAUGAAGAUACUUAUAAUCAUAAUACAUGAUGGUUGGCCCGAAAAACGCAAAAAGAAAUGUCCAUCCCAAGCACUAGAAUAUUGGAACCAUAGGGAUGAGUUGACAGAAAUAGAUGGCAUUAUAUUUAAGAGUCACAAGAUAAUCAUACCAAGAGACUUAAGACGCCAGAUGAUGAAAGCUGUACAUAUCAGCAACAUGGGUGUGGAAAAAUGCUUGAGCAGAUACUUUGUAAUAGAGAAACUACACAAGACAACCAGUCAAGCUGUUAUACAGAAAAUGAAGAUGUUUAGUAGGCUUGGUAUUCCACGAAAAGUUGUAUCAGAUAAUUGUCCACAAUACGCAAUCCAGGAUUUCUCCAUAUUUGCUCAGGAGUAUGACUUUAACCAUGUCACUUCCAGUCCAAAGUAUCCACAGUCCAAUGGAUUGGCGGAGAAGACAGUACAGAUUGCCAAAAGAAUCUUGGAUAAGAGCAAGGCAGAUUGGAAAGAUUAUAACCUAGGACUACUAGAAUACAGGACAACACCUUUGAACUUUGGCUACUCACCCGCCCAACUAUUAAUGUGUAGGAAGUUGAGGUCUAUACUUCCAGUAGUGUCGGAUGAACUAAAACCAAAGGUGCCAGUCAGGGUUAGGGAAUUGAUGGAAGCAGAGAGAGAGAGAGAGACAGACAGACAGAACGAAUACUUCGAUCGCAGUGCUAAGCCUCUACCAUCCCUUUCAGUAGGAGACAGUAUAAGGUACCAAGAAGGGAAACUAUUGAAGCGAAGAACCAAAGAAGAGGGAGACAGAUCAUAUACAGUAAAAAGCACAGAGGGUGCACUGUACCGUAGAAACAGACGACACCUGAUCCACUCAAAAGAAAAUUUUGAGCCAGAUACAUCAGACUCCAAUAUCGUCAGUUUCACAGAACCUUCUACUUCGCCCCCUAGUUCAGCUAGUCCUCAUUCUGUUCAGCCAAUCUCAGAGCCAGCUACUGAGGUUAAGCAUGAAUCUCCUGCUACAUGUAACCCCACCCCUUAUAUUACUCGUUAUGGUAGAGUUGUGAAACCCAAAUUCAAGGAAGAUAAGCUCACAGCAGGUGUACCUGGUCGACAUGCCAAAGCCAUCAACAAAUCGCCGGCCCGGUACAAUUGUCUGAAGAUCGAUGUCAAGAUAAUGACCAUCUCGGAUAAGACCAGUGAAGUCUACUGGGACGACGUGUGGAACGGAAGAAGACCUUCCAAGAUGUACUUGGCCUUCGUGAAACAAUCGACCUUUAACGGGAGCUACGAGGGCAAUCCUUUCAACUUUCAACACCUCAGUCUGUUCGAAAUCGUUGUGACGGUCAACGGAGAACUCACGCCCGCCCGCUCCCUGAAAAUGGACUUUGGUGACAAUCGAAAUUACGUCACUGCUCUCUGUAACCUGUAA